AUGGCUAUGCAAUACUUCAACCAGAUCAAACAUCGGCGACGGUCCUCCCAGAUCUUGAAGCCACCAAACCCUGUCCUAACCGCCGAGGACGAGGCUUUCUUGCAGCAGGUUACGUCAGAUCCAGAGAAUAGACGUAAAUCUACAGCCCAGAACGAACCUUUGGCGUCUGAAGGCCCGACAGAGAGCUCUCAACAGCCUGUUUUGGGUGAUGGCGCCCUAGAUAUUCCCCUUCCUGCCUCGCCAGCAGAGGAGUUUGGAAAGGAACUCGGCGAAGAGGAAAGAAAGGCGCGCGAGCGGCGUGACGAUAUGAAGACUGAGUCCGCACCUGCUAAGCUACAAGAUACACCCGCCCCUGAGAAGAAGAAACGAUGGAGCACCAUAUUUCGCAAGAAAAACUCCGAUACAGACAAGGACAGAGAACCAACCACUGCAGGUGACCUAAAGACCGAGACUUCUACUCCUACAAGCAAUGGACAAGAAGCACAGAAGGACCAGGAAGACAUGACGGACAUCCUCGACCGAUUGAACCUAGCUGCGGAUAACAAUCGGGUCUUCUCAGUCAGCGACGAGACGCAGGAGCUCCUCCGCAAGUUCAAGCUUAUUUUCAAGGACUUGAUAAAUGGCGUUCCAACGGCGUAUCAUGACUUGGAGAUGCUUCUGACGAACGGCAACCGACAAUUACAAGAUACAUACACCAAGCUGCCAGGCUUUAUGCAGAAGCUUAUUGAAAAACUUCCCGAGAAAUGGACCGAGUCGCUGGCUCCAGAGAUGCUUGCCGUCGCCGGUGAACGUGCGAGCCGGAGCGGAAUCAAUAUGGAGAAUGUGGGAAAAGCAGCCGCAGUUGCAGAGAAGGCGGGUCUCAAUGUUCCAAGCCUUAAAGAGCUUGUAUCCAAACCCGCUGCAAUUGUCGGGAUGCUGCGGUCAAUCAUGCAAUUCCUGCGCGCUCGCUUCCCAGCUGUGUUGGGCAUGAAUGUCCUUUGGUCGCUGGCACUAUUCAUCCUACUAUUUGUUCUGUGGUACUGCCACAAGCGUGGCCGCGAAGUUCGUCUUGAAAAUGAGCGUCUGGUGACGGAGGAGGAAAUCAAGAAGCUCAAUGAAGAUGGUUCCGAAGGCCAGAUCCGUCCGACUGAGACUUUGACAACCACCGCACCCCAAGGUGCCUCAGCUGAUGAAGUCCGUGAGGGUGUGAAGAAGGUGGAGGAGGCUAGGGCUUCGGCCGCUAACCUUGCUGCUAUGUCGGAGCCUAAACCCGAGCCACAGAGUGAGAACAAUGAGAGCACUCGCCCGGCUGUGAUCCCGACUCGAUCGAAGUCAAUUUUGUCCAUUUGGAAUCGAUCGAAGCAUGAACCGACACCAAGCAACAUUUCGCCUUAUCCCGGGACUUGA